GGCCAGGGCACGCAAGAGGUGCCCACCCUAACGGCCUGGGGCCCGAAGAGAGAAAAGAACGAUGUAUCUUUUCCACCUGAGAGCGCAGCGUGGGCACUAGGCGGGAGAAGAGCGGAGGCUUCGCCUGGCACUGGGCAGAGCUGCCCUCCCUGGUAGCCCCGUAGCACGGUCCUGGGUACCCGCAGCCCAGACCUCAGCUUUCCCGGUUGGAACUGCAAACCACCCGCACAGCAUCUUGACCUUGAUUGGCCCAGGCCUGACCCAGGAAGGGGUGCCUUCACCCGCCAGAGGCGGGACACGGGGCCCACGGAACCUGGACUGGGCCUGGCCCGCAGCGGGGGCCCCCUGGGGUUCCAGAGCGCCUCCCUGGGGGGCCCGCCCUCCGCCGCGGGCCCACAGGUGCGGAUGUGCCACUGCCCCCUGGAGCACCAUGACGGCAGGAUGACUUCGGCUGAAGCAGCGUUAGGGGGUGAUGGUGCCCGGGUGGCUGAGCCCCCCGAGCGGACACUCGGGAUCCCCCAGGCCCUCAGACGGCCUGGCCGGGCCCGGGUGGCCCUGGCGGCCCUGGUGUGGCUCCUGGCGGGAGCCAGCAUGUCAAGCCUCAACAAGUGGAUCUUCACGGUGCACGGCUUCGGGCGGCCUCUACUGCUCUCGGCGCUGCACAUGCUGGCGGCAGCGCUGGCAUGCCGCUGGGCAGCACGGCGCCCCUUGCCGGGCCGCACCCGACGCCGAGUGCUGCUGCUCAGCCUCACCUUCGGCGCCUCCAUGGCCUGCGGCAACGUGGGCCUGAGCGCCGUACCCCUGGACCUGGCCCAGCUGGCCACCACGAUCACACCGCUGUUCACCUUGGUUCUGUCGGCGCUGCUGCUCGGCCGUCACCACCACCCGUUGCAGUUCGUAGCCAUGGGCCCGCUCUGCCUGGGGGCUGCCUGCAGCCUGGCUGGAGAGCUCCGUGCACCCCCGGCUGGCUGUGGCUUCCUGCUGGCCGCCACCUGCCUCCGAGGCCUGAAGUCCGUCCAGCAGAGUGGCCUGCUGCAGGAGGAGAAGCUGGACGCGGUGACCCUGUUGUACGCCACCUCACUGCCCAGCUUCUGUGUGCUGGCAGGGGCGGCCCUGGUGCUGGAGGCUGGCAUGGCCACACCACCCGCUCCCACCGACUCCCGACUCUGGGCCUGCGUCCUGCUCAGCUGCUUCCUGUCUGUGCUCUACAACCUGGCCAGCUUCUCCCUGCUGGCCCUCACCUCUGCCCUCACUGUCCACGUCCUGGGCAACCUCACCGUGGUGGGCAACCUCGUCCUGUCCCGGCUCCUGUUUGGCAGCCACCUCAGCGCCCCCAGCUACAUGGGCAUUGCACUCACCCUUUCUGGAAUGUUCCUUUACCACCACUGUGAGUGUGUGGCCUCCUGGGCUGCCCGCAGGGGGCUGUGGCGGAGGGACCAGCCUGGCAAAGGCCUUUGAGAUGUGGAGGAGCUUCUGGGCCAUGUGUCAUAGCACCAGCCUGGAUCUGACUUCAGCCAGUGGCCACGGGAGAAGUGGAGGGCAGGCAGCUCCAACCACUGGGGCCGAGGGAGGGCGAGGGACCCCUGGAAGGGGACUCCCAGAGAGGCUCGCCCCAUCCCAGACCCACCCACCACUGGACGAUGUGGCACAGCGAGGGUGCUUGGCCGUCUUCAUGAUGGUGGGCAUCAGCUACUCUGAGCAAAACGGGUGGCCAACUUGGAAAACCUUACCGUGUUACCAUGAGGAUGACUUGGGGGUGGCACAAUCCCCCCUGGUGGGGGCAGGGGGAGCCAGGGGAGGUGGGCCUGGGAAGGGCUUCUUUACUGCUGGGCUCCCUGCAGGGAGUUGGGCUAGUCUGUGCCAACUCUGGGCAGCUGCUUUGGCCUUAUCCUGGGCCCCCCAAUUUUGGGGCUUCCAUCCUCAAAUAAACUAUUUUUGCUUGUA